GCGCUAAUCUCCAAGGCGGCCAAUUGCUGCCUUGGGUCGGCCAAACGCAUCGGUACGCCCACCGAAUCACAUGUCGUGCACCACUGCUGCCGCGGCGCUCCGGCGUAGCGCGGUCGACCUCCAGCAGGCGUCUACACACGGGCGAGGUGAGGGGCAGCCUCCCACCAUCAAGGGCGCCAGCCGCGUCACCUUCAAUCCAUCAACGACGAGCCGGGGCACGGUCGUCGGCGCGGAUUUGGACGAUGGCAUAAGGGAGAGCGGCAUCCCCGACAAGGUGCGCAUGCCGCGGCGGUACGUCAAGGCGGCACAGGCAGCUCAUAGAAGAGUGCAGACGAGAGCUGUGGACUCGGAGGCCGUGAGGCACUUCAUCGAGCAGACGGAUUUGGACUAUCCUAGAGAUGGCCAGGUCGACGCGCAUGAUAUUGCUAUAUUUGCCCGAAAAAUGAGUGUGAGACCGCCUCCCGAAGGCUGGGAGCAGCGGUGUGAAUUGAUGGUCCAGGAGUGCUUACAGCGAACGGGUUACGGGAACAAGGGCAUGCCGAACACCGCACCACCGGUCAUUUCUGCCGCGGACAUCGUCGCGGCGUGUCGAACGCGGACGGACCCCUGCUCCAAAGAAGUCACGGCGCGGCCCUUCCGGGACGACUGGAUUUCCUUGGUGAAGGCUGCUAAUGAUGGGAGAGUGUUCCUACCACCAAGCUGUGCGGACGUGUGCCACGCGCCGCCCUUGUUGACUGAUAGGGAACGACGCGUCGUGGAAUCAAAGAUCCCGAAGACGGCCACUAUUUUACGAGGGCGACGCACAACACGUGAUAUGAGAGGCAACGGCGGCGCCUCCAUCAAGAACGACGCCUUUGCGUCACUCUUUGCCGGUGUCACGGACGCGACGAAGCCGCCACUGAAACCGCGACCGCCCAUUUCUGGUAUGCGGACGCGCGCCGACGGCUUGUUGAACGAUUCCAUUGCGGAAACGGACCCGAACUACAAAGCGGCGAAACUUAUAUCAGAUAUGACGUCCGCGAAACAAGUCGCCGCGCCCUCGGAGGGCGCGGCGCCGGCCUCCUUCGCCGGACCCGUACAAUUGCGGCGUCCUUUUUCACCUCACGCCGCCGCCGCGACGUCACGAGUCAUCACGCAGGCCCCCGCGCCGCUCGCGUCGCCGUCGAUCACGUUCGCCGCGCGCCGGUCCUACGAGGGCCUGAAACAACAGAUCAUCAAGGGAGCUUCCGAAUAUCACGCCUCUCCUAAAAAAGAGAAGCAGUCGGUCGAUGCCCGGCCGGCAUCCUUAGGACCAGGAGAACCUUAUGUGGAAAAUGGCACGUGGACGCAGCCGCGCUGGAACUCGUCGCGAAUCUACCACGACCGCAUGGCCUUCCCGCCCAUGUUCCACGAGAAGGAGCCCGAGCACGUCGCUGUUCGCGUGAAACCUGGUCUUGAUGAUUCCACGGUAGUGACGCAGCCUUCUUUUGUGGUACCGCCGCGAGCCGGCAAGACGAAAUUCGAGCACAACCUGUACAUGAGUUCAUUAGAAGCGCGACGAACCUUCCUCGGCAAGGCGGUCCAAGCCUUCUAUGAAUUGGAUGAAGUACCGGCGUACAAGCAUACGUAUCGCGCGUCGGACCCGGUCGGCUGGGAUCGGCGCUCUAGGUUAGUCCAGGCCCAGCGCGAGAAGGAAUUGAAGGUGCCCUUUUCGACGCUCAUGACGCGCAAGCCCAAACAAAGGACGGCAUCAGUCAUGGGCGAACCUGAUAUCAACUACGAGUCGGUCAUGAACUCGGGCAGUCUGCAGUACGCGCGGCUCGCCGUGCACCCGAUGCUGGACCCGGACGACCCCGCGUGCCGGGCGUUCUAAUAUUACGUGCUUUUA